AAAGAAAAUGAAUUAGGUGAUGAUGAACCAAAUUUCACAAAUGAGCCACUUGUAAACCAAGAAAAGAGAAAGAAAAUUAUUGAAAUUAUUGAUAAAAAGUUUAAGAAAGCAAGAAACAAUGGCAUCUUUUGGAUUCGAAUCUUGGUUGCAUAUCCAGCAAAAAUUCAACAAAAAAGCUACUGGAGAAAAGAAUUGAAUAUCUUGGAUGCUUUAAAGAAACGUAAAGCUGAAUAUAUCACAUUUAAAGAGAAAAUG